AUGGCAUUUCUGUCUGUCCCUCCCGAGAUACAUGCUCGAAUCAUCUUUUACCUCCCCUCAAUCCGCGAUCUGGCCGCCCUGUCGCAGUCAUGCCAUGCUCUACACUCCUUGUGCGACAUGAAAACGCGCGAGCGGUUUCACAGGAUACGUGUCUAUACCAAAGACACCAGCAUUAACGAGACCUUUGGCCUGCUCAUGGAGAUCCUCAAGAAUCGCCGGCUGGGCUAUUAUGUGCGCGAAAUUGAGCAAUACUGGAGACCCACCGGCAAGAUAUCCUAUGUAAAGAGGGAAGAGCAGCGCGACCUCAAGAAGGACGAAAUGGAUCUCCUCCGCGCGGCUGUGCAGAGGGCGGGCUUUGUCGGUCCCCAAGAAAGCGCUGUGAUCAACAUGCUCAUGCAAAACACCACGCAGGGUGCAUAUCGCAUUAAGACCUAUUCUCAUCAUAAUAGAACCUUCAUCGCGCAAGCACUAGCUGCGAUUCUGAUCUCGGUGUCGCCCAAUUUGAAGGCUUUGGCGAUGACGCAGCCCUUCGAUUCGUAUUACCCAUUCUACUUGGAUGCCGAGAAAUGGCCUCGAGAUUGGCAUGUCGACUAUCCCCUCGAUCGCCUUCUGCGUCGGGCUAAUGCGGACCCGGCCAACACCCCAUAUCUCCAGAAUCUUCGCAAGGUGUACAUGAUGGUCGAAGAGUUUGGCGUAAUGGACGACCCCCGCUUCUACAACCACAUCGAAUUUUUUGACUGCAUGACACUCUUCGACCACCUCCCGUCCAUUGAAUCGAUUGGCACAGAUGCCCUCGAAGAAAAUGAGAAUGACAUCCCGCGCCUGGUGUCGGGAUCCUCCAAUAUCAGCAAAAUCCAUCUCAAUCACUGCUCCCUUCACACGCCAUACCUUGCCUACGUCAUCCAAUCCUGCAAGGCGUUACGAGAAUUCCAGUAUACUAUCGGCGGCCGGGGCGUUCGGGAUCGAUCGUACCCCUUGUUCAAUAUCAAGACCUUCAUCAAAUCAAUAUGCCCUCACAAAGACACACUGGAAGUCCUGGAUAUCGACGCCGAGUCACAUAUGUACUACUUGGACCCCUAUCAUCAGGAGGAGGGUCUUGUCGACCAGGAAAUCGACGAAAGGGCAACGGACCUCUACAUGGACCAGGAGGAGGAGAAGCUACAGUUCCUCCGGUCGUUUUGGGGAAAUAGCGGCUCGCUGAAAGAUUUUUGCGCUUUGAAGCGAUUGAGCCUGGGAAUCGGGGGGUUGCUAUAUUUUGCUAAGGGGGUCGGUGAGAAUGACGAGAGAAGGGAACCGGUGAUGCUGCCGGAUGGCCUACCUGAGAAUCUGGAAUACCUUUGCGUUCGUGGAUACGGGAGGAGCCAGUGUGAGAUGUGGGAUGCGCAGAUCGAUGCUUUGAUGGCAUUUUACAAGUCAGGCUUGUCAAAGAUCAAGGAGAUCACAGGGGUUGAGGAAACGAUCCCCAAUGCCCAAGACGUGCGUCGACCCGAUGAUGAGGAAGUCUCAUUGUGGACUCUGAAACAUGCCGGAUAUUCGCUUUGA